GCCGGCAGGGCCCGCCCCACACUCCAAAAGGAACCGCGGCCCGACUGGGACUGAGUCUUGCUUGGCUCUGCAGCCGGAGCUUGGAUUGCCAUGACGGCCUGUUCCACAGCGAUCAGGGCCCAGCAGCUACUGCUGCCGGUACUGAGUGCUCUAGGACUCUUGGCUGCAGGUGCUCCGCAGCCCCCCAACAUUGUGCUACUGCUCAUGGACGAUAUGGGGUGGGGUGACCUGGGUGUGUAUGGAGAACCUUCCAGAGAGACCCCAAAUUUAGACCGGAUGGCUGCAGAAGGGAUGCUUUUCCCAAGCUUCUAUUCUGCCAACCCUUUGUGCUCACCAUCUAGGGCAGCCCUGCUCACAGGACGGUUGCCCAUCCGCAAUGGCUUCUACACAACCAACGCACAUGCAAGGAAUGCUUACACACCUCAGGAGAUCAUGGGCGGGAUCCCUAACUCAGAACACCUCCUGCCUGAGCUCCUGAAGAAAGCAGGCUAUACCAACAAGAUCGUGGGCAAAUGGCAUCUGGGUCAUAGACCCCAGUUCCACCCCCUGAAGCAUGGAUUUGAUGAGUGGUUUGGAUCCCCCAAUUGUCAUUUUGGACCAUACGACAACAAGGUCAAGCCCAACAUCCCUGUGUACAGGGACUGGGAAAUGGUUGGCAGAUUUUAUGAAGAGUUCCCAAUCAACCUAAAGACCGGGGAAGCUAACCUCACCCAACUCUACUUACAAGAAGCUCUGGACUUCAUCCGGACACAACAUGCAAGGCAGAGCCCCUUCUUCCUCUACUGGGCCAUCGACGCCACACACGCACCAGUGUAUGCCUCAAAACAGUUCCUGGGUACCAGCCUUCGAGGGCGUUAUGGCGAUGCUGUCCGGGAAAUAGAUGACAGUGUUGGAAAGAUCCUGAGCCUUCUGCAGAACUUGGGCAUCAGUAAGAACACAUUUGUCUUCUUUACGUCUGACAAUGGUGCAGCGCUCAUCUCUGCUCCCAAAGAAGGUGGCAGCAAUGGUCCCUUCCUGUGUGGGAAGCAGACUACGUUUGAAGGCGGGAUGAGGGAGCCUGCAAUCGCUUGGUGGCCAGGGCACAUUGCCGCAGGCCAGGUCAGCCACCAGCUGGGAAGCAUCAUGGACCUCUUCACCACCAGCCUGUCCCUUGCAGGCCUGAAGCCCCCCAGUGACAGGGUAAUUGAUGGCCUUGACCUCCUCCCCACCAUGCUCCAGGGCCACAUCAUAGACAGGCCCAUAUUUUAUUACCGUGGCAACACACUGAUGGCAGUCACUCUUGGCCAGUACAAAGCACACCUCUGGACUUGGACCAACUCCUGGGAGGAGUUCAGACAGGGCAUUGACUUCUGCCCCGGGCAGAAUGUUUCAGGAGUCACAACCCACACCCAGGAAGAGCACACGGAGCUACCCCUGAUCUUCCACCUGGGACGUGACCCAGGGGAGAGAUUCCCACUCAGGUUCACCAGCAAUGAGUACCAGGAUGCCCUCAGCAGGACCACCCAGGUCAUCCAGCAACACCAAAAGUCUUUGGUCCCUGGACAGCCCCAGCUCAAUGUGUGUAACCAGGCUGUCAUGAAUUGGGCGCCUCCAGGCUGUGAAAAACUAGGGAAGUGUCUGACACCUCCUGAGUCUGUCCCCGAGAAGUGUUUCUGGGCCCAUUAGCCAAGACCGAGAUCGCCAGACAGCCAGCCCGCCCCCACAGGAGCCCGGAAGGCCUCUGCCUGGGGACGGAUGGAUGGAAGCCACCAGCUGCCCUUGCCCUCCCAUCACUGGAUGGGCGGCCCCUGCAACCAGUAACAAGGCUCCAAGACUGCCCCUCCCGGAGCCCCGACCCUGGAGUCCGUUCUCUGGCACUGUGGCCCUUCUUGCCAACUGGAUACUGAAAAAGAAGAGGCUCUCCUGCCCCGGUGGCCUUGGUCACCAUGCGUGUUCCAGCCCGGUGUCUGAAGCGCUGUCACUUUGCCACCUCACUGUCCCUGCAUACAUUUCAACCUUGUAGACAAAAGUGAGGGUUUCAGCGUGAUGCCAAGGAGCCACCAUCUUCCUGGCCAUCCGUCCUCAGCCCCAGGCGGCCAACCCCCUGAGCCACCCUGCCUCUUUUCCCACUGGUUACAAACAAAAGACAAGGAGCACAUUUUCCAGUCAAGGCGAUGCUGUCACCACCCCAUGGAGAUAGGAAAACGAUAUCCUAAAUUUCUGGCCCUGGCUCAGUGCACUGUGGGGCCACUUCUUUUUUUUUUUUUUUUUUUGGUUCUUUUUUUCGGAGCUGGGGACCGAACCCAGGGCCUUGCACUUCCUAGGCAAGCGCUCUACCACUGAGCUAAAUCCCCAGCCCCUGUGGGGCCACUUCUAUACCUGCCACCUGCCAGUCAUGUGCUCCACAUAACCUCCUCAUCCUAUCUCUGAAGGCUCGUGGGAGCUGUCCACCAUGAACAGGUUUGCACAUCUGGGCAACAGCUGCAGUGCCAAAGCUGAGCUGUAAGGUUGGGAACUGAGGGUGAAGAGAUUGAGUGAGAAUAAGGAACAGGAGGGAGCCUCAGGUUUUUUUUUUUUUUUUUGGUUUUUUGUUUUUUUUUUGGUUCUUUUUUUCGGAGCUGGGGACCGAACCCAGGUCCUUGCGCUUCCUAGGUAAGCGCUCUACCACUGAGCUAAAUCCCCAGCCCCGGAGCCUCAGUUUUGUUUGGGGGUUGGUUGUCUGCUUGUUUGUUUUAAUACAAGGUCUCUCUGUGUAGCCCUGGCUCUUCUGGAACUUACUCUGUGGAAUAGGCUGGCCUUGAACUCAGAGAUCUGCCUGCCUCCUCCUCGUCGAGCACUGGGAUUAAAGGCCUGUGCCAUCAUGGCCACCUAUCCUGGUUUUUACACUAGAGAUUAUGAUGGGAGACUGUGUUAGAUGUCCGUGUACCUAUGGCAUGAACGUUCCCUGGGGAGACAGAAACAUGUGCUCCAGAUAAGAUUCCAAUGGCCGCCUAAAGGAACCAUUUCAUCCAAUGAGUUCAUUGCUUACAAGAACAGGAAUGACCCCCAAAGCAGCUCCAUCGCCCGACUGAAAAGUCUCAGCCCAGAAUGGAUGACAAGCUCCCUCUAACAGAGGCUCCCUUCAGUUAGCCGUCCCCCCUGCACAUAUACUCCAGUGCCUCCACAGAUCACCUCGGAUGGAAGAACUGCCGCUCACAGGGAGGGUCCGGGAAGCACUGGUUAGAAGCCACUGGACCUUCCCCACACCUCCAUUGAUGAAGCAUAGGUCAAUCUGCAGGGUGUCCUUUGAGUAAUCACAACUGCCCUGAAGAUGAUAAUGGCUAUUAUACGCAAGAGGACGGUCUUCCACACCAUUACCUGUAGACUCAGGUACCGUGCUAGGAAGGUAGAUCUCCGUUCUGUCUCUGGCUAUCUGGAUCUUAUGGUCCCCACCCCAAAACGAGGACGCAUUCUGUUGCAAUGCACAGGAGUAUCUGUGGCUUCAGAGUAUGCAUUCCUUACCCCGCCAUGCGACCCUGAUUCCUUCUCCCGCACUCCCACUCUAGCCCAUACACAAUGCACUUCCACUUAUAGACCUGAGAGUAUCCAUUAAACUCCCUUCCUGGCUAAUUCCAGGAAAGCAGGGACGAAUCUCAGGCCCCUCGCACUGCGCGCCGGAGCACAGUACACGGAGCGAAGGGACGCGAGGCCAAACCAUGCCAGGGGACCUGGGCAAGACCGGUCCCUGCUCCCUCAGGUCCAGACGGCUGGCCCCGGGGAAAGCCUGACUGGAAAGGCGUGGGGGAGGCAAAACCAAAGAAAAGGGUGAUGACAGGACGCCCAUCCCCUUUCCACCCAUCUAUCUUUGAGGUAGGGAUGCUUGUGUUUAGGCAGCUCAAGAAAUUUAACCCCGGGGCUGGAGAGAUGGCUCAGCGGUUAAGAGCACUGACUGCUCUUCCAAAGGUCAUGAGUUCAAAUCCCAGCAACCACAUGGUGGCUCACAACCAUCUGUAACGAGAUCCGAUGCCCUCUUCUGCUGUGUCUGAAGGCAGCAGCUACAGUGUACUCGUCAUAUAUAAAAUGAAUAAAUAAAAUCUUAAAAAAAAAAGAAAUUUAACCCCAGGUUUUC